UCUUGGCUCGUGUUCACGCGCUUCCGCUCAUUUCCACGCCAGGUGCGCAAGACGCGAAACCUCAGAGCGCAGAGUCGUCGCGAGGCACAGUGGCACCUUGCUGGAUUUCCUUCUCUUUUGCGUCUUUUUAACGGCUCCUUUAAACAUCACGGUGUUAUUAUUUCGGGGGAGAAGAAGAAGCGGAGAAGAAGCGGACUUCACCGAAACAUUGUCCUGACGCGCGGGACACUUACGGGAUUUUCUGUUUUUCUUUCCAUCAUCGGUGGCAGUUUGGAGAUCGCGUCAAAACCCGCCAGAGAAGUGGCAUGAGUAGCGCUCGGCUUCUAGACACUUGAACACUUUCCCCCUUUUCCUUUAGAGCCCAACUUUCCUUACUCUUUUAUCUUCAGCCAGUCAGGGGAGCGAGCGUCCCAGGCACCAGCAGCAUGUCUAAGCCGGUCGAUCACAUCAAGCGGCCCAUGAACGCCUUCAUGGUGUGGUCCCGCGGCCAGCGGCGGAAGAUGGCGCAGGAGAACCCCAAGAUGCACAACUCGGAGAUCAGCAAGCGGCUGGGCGCCGAGUGGAAGCUGCUCUCCGAGUCCGAGAAGCGGCCGUACAUCGACGAGGCCAAGCGGCUGCGCGCGCAGCACAUGAAGGAGCACCCCGACUACAAGUACCGGCCGCGGCGCAAACCCAAGAACCUGCUGAAGAAGGACCGCUACGUGUUCCCGCUGCCCUACCUAGGCGACGCCGAGCACCUGAAGGGCCUCAGCGUGUCGCAGGCCGUGUCCGACUCGCUGCUCAGCGCGUCGGAGAAGGCGCGCGCCUUCCUGCCGCCCACCUCGUCGCCCUACUCCUUCCUCGACCCCAGCCAGUUCAGCUCGAGCGCCCUCCAGAAGAUGACGGAGAUGCCGCACGGGCUGGGUGGCGCGGGGGGGCUGUCUUACUCCUCGCUGGGGGGGUACCAGAACGGGGCCUUCGGCAGCCUUGGCUGCCCCAGCCAGCACCACACGCACACGCACCCGUCGCCCACCAACCCGGGCUACGUGGUGCCGUGUAACUGCACCGCCUGGUCCACGUCUAGUUUACAGCCGCCUGUGGCCUACAUACUGUUCCCGGGCAUGACCAAGGGCGGGCUAGACCCCUACUCCUCGGCACACGCGGCCGCCAUGUAGGGCACCCCCCUCCCACCCACCCCCUAGA